GCUCAGUGUGCUGUGAUAUGCUGACCGCCAUUGUCGCGCAGGUGUAGAAACGGUUAGAUUUAGAUCUACAUCGCUGGCAACAUUCUGGCUGUGUUUUGGGGAUUACAUGGUUAGGGUUAUGUAUAUAAUAUCACUAGUACAAGUAACAUUUCAAUAAUUUCGGAUAAAGUGUCGCAGUUUUAUAUCAACAGUAGUGUGGUUGAUGCGAAUUCAACGCCGCCCUGGCUUGCAGAGCUGGCGCAGCGGCGUCUCUGCCGCUCUUCGAGGAUAAAGACGAUUUAACAACCAAAUUGGCUACAUUUGUUGGAGAGGACUUCAUAUAGCUAUAGAGUCUAAUGUACCUUGUCAGCAUUUAAUUUAAAUGACACCACAAUGAUACCAAUUGUUAGCAAGUAGCUGUAUGUGCUAGCUAUGGUUAGUUGUAAGAGUUCCUAAAAGAGGCCACUCUUUUGUUGGCUAGGUGGUUAGCUUACACCAUCAUUACAGCAGGCAAUCUGUAAUUUUCCAGUCAAAGUCAGUUUCACCUCGUCGACAAAGGAUAACAACAUAGUUGUUUUUAACGCGUCAAGUCCUUGGUGGCGGACCUGGCAACACACUACAAUUUAGAGAGGUGCAUUACAUUUGACACGAGAGCUGAACAGCUAGUCUAGUUAGCUAUAUAGCCAGACGAUCAGGCCCUAGUAGCUAGCUAGAAUCUAAGAGUCUUGGCUCAGCAAGCUAGAGAUAGCUAACUAGCUAACAACAAUCCCAGGUGGACCUCUUUGCUAGAUGUAUUAAGCAGAUCAGGCAGUCUAGCCUGAAAGUAAGCUAUGUCAGAGGGAGAAGGAAAGCAGGCUGCGGACUCCGUACAGGAGGGGAUACAGGAGUCAGGGGCUGCUGCCUCUACCACGCAGAGUGUGUCAUCCAUUUCCCCCCCAGCAUCCACGUUGACACAACCUCCCCCAACUGCAGCGACUGAAGAUGAGGAAGAGGAAAGUGAAGAUGAGUCAGAGAUUCUGGAGGAAAGCCCAUGUGGACGCUGGCAGAAACGCAGAGAGGAGGUGAAUCAGCGCAAUGUCCCAGGCAUUGACAAUGCGUACUUGGCCAUGGACACUGAAGAGGGCGUGGAGGUGGUGUGGAACGAGGUUAUGUUUUCAGAGAGAAAGAACUUCAAACUGCAGGAGGAGAAGGUCAAAGCCGUUUUCGACAACUUGAUUCAGUUGGAGCACCUGAACAUUGUGAAGUUUCAUAAGUACUGGGCUGAUGUGAAGGAAAAUAGAGCCAGGGUCAUUUUCAUCACAGAAUAUAUGUCCUCAGGAAGUCUAAAACAGUUUCUGAAAAAGACCAAGAAAAAUCACAAGACUAUGAAUGAGAAGGCAUGGAAGCGAUGGUGCACCCAGAUUCUGUCUGCUCUCAGUUACCUGCACUCUUGUGACCCUCCUAUCAUCCAUGGCAACCUGACCUGUGACACCAUUUUCAUCCAGCACAAUGGCCUUAUCAAGAUUGGAUCAGUGGCCCCCGACACCAUCAACAACCAUGUGAAGACUUGCCGGGAGGAGCAGAAGAGCCUACACUUCUUCGCUCCAGAGUACGGAGCGGUGGCUGAUGUCACCACAGCCGUGGACAUCUACUCCUUUGGGAUGUGUGCCUUAGAGAUGGCCGUGCUGGAGAUCCAGAGUAAUGGCGAGUCUUCCUACGUGUCUCAAGAAGCCAUCAACAGUGCCAUUCAGUCUUUGGAAGACCCUCUACAGAGGGAGUUCAUUCAGAAGUGUCUGGAGGCAGCCCCCCUCCAGCGGCCCACACCCAGAGAGCUGCUGUUCCACCAAGCCCUGUUCGAGGUGCCCCUACUCAAGCUGCUGGCCGCUCACUGCAUCGUCAGCCACCAGCACAUGAUUCCAGAGAACGCUUUAGAGGAGAUGACCAAGAACAUGGACCCCAACCUUGUGAUUGUGGAGUGCAAGGAAGGAGUUCAGCUGAAGCUCUCCCAGUUUCCUGCUCUUGAGCUGGACAAGUUUCUGGAGGAUGUGAGGAAUGGGAUAUACCCCCUGACAGCCUUCGGGGUGCCCUGUCCCCAGCAGCCCCAGCAGGAGGCAGUCACCUCCCCCAUCUUGCCCCCUUCCGUGAAGACGCCCACCCCAGAGCCUGCAGAGCUGGAGACCAGGAAGGUAAUGCAGAUGCAGUGCAAUAUAGAACCUGUUGAUGAGGGGGCCAAACAUCACCUGACAUUGUUGCUGAAACUUGAGGACAAGUUAAACAGGCAUUUGAGUUGUGAUUUGUUACCAAACGAGAACGUGCAGGAGCUGACUGUGGAGCUGGUGCAGCUGGGGUUCAUCAGUGAGGGGGAUCAGCCGCAACUGGCUUCAGUUCUGGAAGAGGCUUUCACCAAGUUCUAUAGUCGUAAUGGUUCCCUGAACCCAGUCACAGUCUCCUCCUAGCAGAGGAUGCCCCCCCUCUCUCAAGCAAGACUGUUGCUGCCCUCAAAGGAUUUGGGGAAAGCUUGAUCUUCUCCUAGACCAGAUUUCUGACUCAGCCACUAGGUGGCUGUCCUGUUUGUACUUACUAUUGCAUUUGUUUCCAGUGUAGCCAUCUGCUCCUGUUUUAGAAGAGGAAACUAACCCAGUCGUAACUUUAGAGGCAGGCCAUAUAUCAGUCAGUAUUAAGAAUGUUUUAAUCUGUUGAAUAUUUUUGUCUGUAUGUGAGCGAAGUCCGUGUCCUUGCGUAUGCAAGUGUGUUGAUGGUGUUGUGAGGCGUCUGAUUUUGAUGAAUGAAAGGUGUCGAUAUGCUACUGUCAAAUUUCUUAUUCUACUAUGUUCUUUCUGUACAUCUGAGCUAACUAAUCACCACAUCCAUACCCAAACCACCAUAGCUACUGAACAGGGGCAAAUCCAUGAUGAGUCGGAACACUAGAACAAUGGAUGGUAUUUAUAAGUACAGUAUGGUCUAUCAUAAGGGGACACUUUCAGCAUGAUGGCUGUUAUUUUAGUCAGUGUGCUUUUCAGUGUAAAUGAGAGUUCUCAUAUCUGCUCUUACAGGAAUAGGAAUACAGCUAAAAAAUAUGUCAGUGCCAUAAAUGGUGGAGUAUACUCUUGGCAUAAUGGCCUGAAUUUCGAGAAAUGAAUUGGCCUUCCACUGUAAAUAUGUGGUGCAUUAUUUUACCAUAGUCUACAUAAUCCAAAGAUUAACCACACACCUAAUAGUUAUUUCUGUGUUCUUGUGCCAACAUCGGUGAUUUAAAAUGUUUUUUGUUUUUUUUACUUCAAAUAAGUAAUCAAAUUAAUGGGUUGGAAUGCUUGUCUUAUUGGCAUUACUUUUCAUCACAGAUCCACUACAGUACUCUUCCAUAUGGGCCAUCCACUCUGAUUAACCACUUUCCCCUAAAUCGAGGCACAACUCGAUGAUAGUUUGCACUACUGUAAAGUUUCAAUUAUGUACCUUUCAAA